AUGAUCUUCUUCAAGGAUGAUUCUCAGCAAAAGUCAGUCCUAGGCGCCUCCAGAACGUCACCUCCCUCCGGGGCUGUCAUUGUACGCGCAGGAACGACUACCUCAGGAGAAUUUAGCACCGUUUCAAAAGCCGUCAACUCAUUGCCCAAUGAUAAUUCUGCCAGGACUAUUUUCAUUUUCCCCGGUACAUACACAGAACAAGUGAACAUUACUCGACCCGGACCUCUCACGAUAUUUGGGUCUACUACAGAUACGUCAACAUACUUGCAAAAUUCAGUGACAAUUCAAUUCGGUCUGUCUGCCAGCACUGCCGGCUCUGAUGAUGUCAGUGGAACCAUGCGUGUUCACAAGAACGACUUCAAGAUGUACAAUGUGAAUGUCAAAAACACAUUCGGCCAGGGUUCGCAAGCCAUUGCCAUCAGUCAAUAUGGAACGCGCGUCGGCUUUUACGGCUGCGGAUUUUUUGGCUUUCAGGAUACCGUUCUUGUUGAACAAGGCACACAGGUCUUUUUGAGAGGUUUUAUCCAGGGGGCAACAGACUUUAUUUUCGGUCAGAGAGGACAAGCAUACUUUGAAAGAAAUAUAAUAUCGGUUACCGCCCACGGUUGCAUCACGGCCAGCGGCCGCUCUUCGAAUGAUAAUACGAGCUAUGUCUUCAACGAAAACACUAUUGUUAUGGCAAGCAAUGCUCCAUCAGGUACCGCGGGCAAUGUGUUUUUGGGACGUCCAUGGGCGGAUUUUGCCAAGGUUAUCUUCAAAAACACAGUAAUCACCGCGCCACUCAAUAAAGCAUUAUGGUCGAUCUGGAAUACUGGAGACGAACGAACGGACAACGUCACCUUUUUAGAUUACAACAGUACAGGAUCAGGGAUCUCGGGUGCAAGUCGUGCCCCUUUCAGCUCUCAACUGACCUCCAGUCAGGCGGCUGCUUACACAAUCUCUAGUGCCGUUGGAAGUGAUUUUGCGACAUGGGUGGAUACCUCAUACCUGGCUUGA